UCUGACUGUGGAAAAUGUUUUAAAACAAUAUAUGACCUAAAAGUUCAUCAGAGAACACACACAGGAGAGAAGCCUUACAUCUGCUCUGACUGUGGAAAAUGCUUCACAACAUCAACUCAUCUAAAAGUUCAUCAGAGAACACACACAGGAGAGAAGCCUUAUUACUGCUCUGACUGUGGAAAAUGUUUUAAAACAUCAAAUGAGCUAAAAGUUCAUCAGACAACACACACAGGAGAGAAGCCUUUCUUCUGCCCUGACUGUGGAACUAGUUUCUCUCAACUUUCCCACUUAAAAUCACAUGAACGUAUACAUACAGGGGAGAAGCCAUACUCCUGCUCUGACUGUGGAAAAUGUUUUAAAACAUUAUAUGAGCUAAAAGUUCAUCAGAGAACACACACAGGAGAGAAGCCUUACGUCUGCUCUGACUGUGGAAAAUGCUUCAAAACAUCAACUGAGCUAAAAGUUCAUCAGAGAACACACACAGGAGAGAAGCCGUAUUACUGCUCUGACUGUGGAACUAGUUUCUCUAAAUUUUCCCACUUAAAAACACAUGAACGUAUACACACAGGAGCGAAGCCUUAUUACUGCUCUGACUGUGGACAUAGUUUCUCUGAACUUUCCCACUUAAAAUCACAUGAACGUAUACAUACAAGGGAGAAGCCUUACUCCUGCUCUGACUGUGGAAAAUGUUUCAAAACAUCAACUGAGCUAAAAGUUCAUCAGAGAACACACACAGGAGAGAAGCCUUACGUCUGCUCUGACUGUAAAAAAUGCUUCACAACAUCAACUCAUCUAAAAGUUCAUGAGAGAACACACACAGGAGAGAAGCCUUAUUACUGCUCUGGCUGUGGAAAAUGUUUUAAAACAUCAAAUGAGCUAAAAGUUCAUCAGAGAACACACACAGGAGAGAAGCCUUACGUCUGCUCUGACUGUGUAAAAUGUUUUAAAACAUCAACUCAGCUAAAAGUUCAUCAGAGGACUCACACAGGAGAGAAGCCAUUUUUCUGCUCUGACUGUGGGGCGAGUUUCUCUCAUCUGGGCACCUUAAAAUCACACCAACUUAUACACACAGGAGAGAAGCCUUAUGUCUGCUCUGACUGUGGAAAAUGCUUCAAAACAUCAACUGAGCUAAGAGUUCAUCAGAGAACACACACAGGAGAGAAGCCGUAUUACUGCUCUGACUGUGGAACUAGUUUCUCUAAAUUGUCCCACUUAAAAACACAUGAACUA